UGCAGCUAUUCGCGGCUUCGGCCGUCAAUCACCGGGUCCCAGCCAGUGAUUACUUGCCGACACCCGGUGAUUGAGGAGCAUUACCGACGGAGGGAGAGAACUGUAAGUAAACAAUACAGUUCUCUCCCCUGUCAGCUCCUGCACACUGCUAUGCAGGGUUUUGCAUAGCAAAGCCAUGCAUAGCAGCACACACAGCACACAGUAAAACAGCACACAGUUAACCCUUUGAUCGCCCCACAUUUUAACCCCUUCCUGCCCAGUGCCAUCAGUAGUGUCAGUGCUUUUUAUUAGCACUGAUCACUGUAUUGGUGUCACUGGGGAUGUCAGUGACACCAAGUCAGUUUCUCCCAGUGUCAGAAUGCCCGCCACAGUCCCGCUAUAAGUCGCUAA